AUGUCGAAUAUCGACAAGCAGAUGCUCAAGCAGUGCCGUGCCUUCAUCCUCGAUGGAGAAUGGGAGAAGGCUCGGGAUAAGGCGGCCGCAAUCUUGCAGUUUGAUGCAGACAAUUACAACGCUCUUGUCUUUCAAGGUCUCGCCUUGUUACAUCUAGGGCAAGGAUCGGAAUCGGAAUCGUCCUAUGCAAAAGCCACCAAACUACAUCCUGACCAGCUUUUGGCGUGGCAGGGUUUAGAAAAGGCGUACGAAACACAGAGUCAGUGGGACAAGCUUGGUGAUGUGCUGGAGCGCAUGGCAGAUUUGUACCGAAAAGCGGAUGAUGAAGAAAAGUGUGCUACGUGCCUUGGCAAACUGGUAGCGAUUACACGUGAGCAUGGCACACGCGAUGAUUUGAUUCGCAUUUUGCUGUUUUUUGUACCAUCCUCGCGCUUCUAUGCACUCCUCUCUACGCUGCCCAUACCCGAUCAAGCAGCGCCAUCGAGCACUGGCAGCUACCCUGUACAAAUGAUCAUGCAUGCUGACAGCCUUACCACGGCGCAAGAGCUUUUGCGUCUUUGUGAAGAGCGUGAUGAGGAUGAAAUUCAUACCACGUUCCAGAAACAAAAAGGGACCAUGGAAGCUAUAAAGAUGGGUGUGGGGGCCUACAAAGAGCUUGUCGUUAUGCAAGUCCUUCUGCGAUCCUCUGUAGCAGAGCUCUUUGAAGUCAUUCUUGCGCAUCCUUAUGCGGAUGAUGAGCUGCGUCGCGCUACCGAGGCGAAGCAGCUACGCUACUACCACCGACUAGCGCUAGCUAUGCCGAAGCGUGGACCUCAUGCGGAUACCCUGCUUCACAAGCAGCUGCGGGAUAAGACCAAGGAGCUGGCCCAAGGCAUGGUCGUCCUCCAUGUGCCUGACGAAUUGGCCUGGCGAAUUCACUUGGAAUGGAUCGAUGCUUCGCUGGCUGCCUUACCAUACGAUACGCUGCGGCAGUACGUGGCUCUCUUCCCUUCCUCCGGCCGCGCCUACUCGUUCCGUGCGUUGCUCCGAUUGGUCGACGACGAAGCGUACCUCCGCGACGUCAAAGAACAUGAAGAACAGUUGGCUGAAGAAACAGACUUGCUGCAGCUGGCUAUGGAUGGCAUGGAGCGUAACAAAGACUCGACAUUGUGCGCUCGCAUUGCUGGCCUCUUUUUCCUCUUGGACAAAGACUAUGGCUCUGCUCUCGAUACACUCGUGCAGGCCCAUACAUUGGUCCGCGAUCGCGAAAAGGCGCUGAAUAUCACACUAUACAAAACGGAUUUGGAGCUUUCGACGCAGCUCGCUACGGCCUACACACACUUGCAUGCACCUAAGCACCACAAGGAGGCCCUGGAGCUUCUGGGCCAUGUGCUUACGAAGCAGGCACGCAACAUCGAUGCACUACUGGCGCAGGCGUAUAUCCAGGCCCACCGACGUCAAUGGGCCGCGGCGCGUGAUGGAUUCCAGCAGGUGAAGACACAGCCUGUGAACCUGGCGCCGUCUCAUGGCCGUCGCCUCGCGGCACUCGCGCUGUGUGCGGACUACCAUAUGGAGGCUGAAGCGGAGUAUGGCCGUGUUCUUAUUGAGCUGAACGACUUGGACAGAGCCCGUGCUACUUUGACCGGCCUCCUGGAGCGUUGCGAUCAUGAUGCGAAUGUCUUUGGCGCCGAGUUCCGGGCGCGGGUAUGGCACCAACUCGGACGGUGUUUGUGGGCGAUGGGCGGCGAGUACCGUACGUCACCGGCGCAUGCAUACAAGUGCUUUAUCGAGAGUAUUCGGCGCUUUGGAACGUAUGCGCCAGCGUUUACCUCGCUUGGUGUGUACUACGAGAGCGCUGUGACGCCCAGUGAUGUCGUGCGUGCGUCGAAAUGCUUCCAGCGCGCGUUUGAGCUUGAUGCGAGUGAGUACGAGGCAGGCCGGCACUUGGUCGAGCAUUUUGCUGCGCAGCGCGAGUGGGGUCUUGUGGAUGUGAUUGCGCGACGUGUAGCCGAGGCGGAAGGGGGAACCGAUGUGCUCAGUGGGAAAGCGACUGCCGCGCAUGUGACGCAGAAUCCAUGGGUAUGGAAAGCGAUCGGUAUGGUGGAAGCGCAGCAACAGCAUGCAGAUGCCGCGAUUGCUGCGUUCCAAGUGAGUCUACGUGCCUCGCCGCGCGAUGCCGAUGCAUGGGUCCGUCUCGGUGAAGCGUAUGUAGCGUCCGGUCGUCCUGUUGCUGCGCUCAAGACGUAUGCGCGUGCGCUGGCCUUGAUGGAGACCUCCCCGGUGCAAGAGCAGUGGCAUGUCUAUUACAACAUGGCCGAGGCACAGCGUCGAUUGGGUCGCUAUGAACUAGCGCUCUCUCUUUUGGAGCAGGUGCUGCGCAUGGCGCCGACGCAGUAUGGCGUGUGUGUGGUGCUCGCCGAGACGUACCUGGCUCAAGCCCGGCAGCUCCUGGCCAGUGGAUACAGUUUCCGGGCCGUGGAGGCACUGCACUGUGCGAUCACCCAAGCUGCGCAGGCUCUGGAGUCCGACAAGCUCCUUCGUACCGCCUGGAAAGCAGCGGCUGAUGCAUGCUACCUACUUUCGAAGAUUGAUAGCCUUCCGGCCGACGACGCGCCGGACGCACCGGCCUCGUCCAUGGCAUCGAUGCUGGCCAACCUGGUCCUGUUGCUGGGCCAGCAAGAUUUGGACGCGCGGUUGCAGGGCAUCUCUGUGGUGCAAGCCUCGCACAUGUCCCGUGCCGCCUCCACGCACACAGGUACACUGUACCCGCACGAGUACCUUGAGCAUGCGGCGCUCAUGUACAAGUUCUUGGCGCUGGUGCAUGCCAUGGACGAGCAUGCAUCCGUGCUGGCCUGGGCUGAUUUGGCGACGGCCUUGUGCCGCCUGGCUUGGGUCCUUCCUCUUCCGAGCACCUUGGCACGCAUGGGCGACGUGCCCAUGGACGCCGUUGAACGACGAGCCUCCCUGGCCCGAACGCAGGCCAUGGAGUGCACCCACUUGGCUCUGUCGUCGAAGCCACAUGCUCGGCUGUGGGUCCUGCUUGGCAACCUGUACUUCUCGCACGAUGCGGCCAUGGCACAGCAUGCAUACAUCAUGGCCAUAGAGGCCAAUGGGAAAAGCCCUGUGCCAUGGACCAAUCUCGGCUUUUUGUACCUGCAAGCAGGUGAUUUGGCCUUGGCCGAAGAAGCCUUUGUACGGGCUCAGACCAUUGCACCGGAUUGGCCAGCAAGCCGGCUCGGUGCCGCGUUGGUCCACCGCCUGCACCAAAACAGCGACACACGCCUAUCCACGCGGCUCCUGGAGCAGGCGUACACCCUCUCUGAUGGUGCAUUGCUUGAAGCGGACUAUGGGUUCGCCUUGGCCCUAUGGGAACGCGUUGGCCAAGGCGCGCACGUGCCCUCUGUGCGCAUGAUGCCAGCCAUGCUCGCGUUGCAGCAUUAUAUGGCCCGUAUGCCCCAUGAUGACGCGGCCUGGCACCUCAGUGCCUUGCUAGCCGAGCAGCUAGGCGGUGCAGCGCUCGCCGCGCAGCGUAUUGAGCGGGCAUCGACCGUGCUGGAAGCCGAGUAUGAAGCGACAGAAAGCACCUCCAGUGCGAUUCGAUACGGUCUUGCGUCGACCAAUCUGGGCCGCAUUCGCUUGGCCAAUGGCGAUAUCGAUGGCGCUAUUGAGGCCUGGGAGGCUGCGAACGCGCUCCUGGAAGAAGAGGCCGAAGAGGCACAUACGCCCUCUGCUGCGGCCACUCGCGUAUGGUGUGCCAUUGGCCUAGCUCACGCCCACUUUUUGCAGGGCGAGUACGAUGCUAGUGUGCAGGGUAUGCGCGAGAUUUUAGCGGCCCUACCUGCCUCCGAGGUGCGAGACUCCGAGAGGCCUUCUAUGCAUGCUUGUGCAGCUGUGCUGCUCGCGCGUAUGCUAUGGCAUAUGCAAGCCCCCGUGACAGAGGCUGCGAGUGUGCUUGAUCAUGCCUUGACGAUCGCCCCCCAAAAUGCUCUACUUAUCACGACACGCGCUGCUCUAGCAGCUGUGCAAGGCGACGUACCACAGUACAAUGCUAUUCUCGCCCAGUACGUCACACCGCUGCCGCCCGACAUACAAUCGUCGCUGCGUAACGCUGCAAAGACGUCGGUUCUGAGCAUGCUGCAUCUGGCCGCGGCCUUUGAUACACAGACCCUCGUGCAGUACUUGGCCUCGUCGUUUACGCGUGCUGAUCAUACGACACAUACGCGCGUCUUGGUCGGCCAAACCAUGCUACGUCUAGCGGCAAGUUGUUAUCUACAAGGCAAGCCUCUGCCUGCGUUGCCCAUGCCGGAAGGCCAGGAUGGCUCCCUUCUUGCUAUUGCACGCACGAUCCUACAUACGGUGGAGUCGCAGGCAGACGAGCAGGGGGCAGCUCACUGGGCCACAGCGCAGUGGUUGGUGGGUUUGGCCGAGUUCUUGGCCUCGCAGUCGGAGGCCGGGUCCGCGCCUGCGCCUACGCCUGCUGCCUCCUUGGACGCCGCCCGCCGGCAUGCGACCAACGCGGUACAUCUACAGCCAUGGCACCGCGUACAUUGGGACGCACUUCGUGCCACGAUGCAUGCUUAG